AUGGCAUCAGAAUACGAAAAGAAAACCGUAGCUCAGCUCCAAGAAAUACUCAAAGGCCGCGGCCUGACAACCACCGGCAAGAAGGCUGAGCUCAUCGCUCGUCUCCAAGAAGCCGAUAAAGCAGCAAAACCGACCAAUGCCAAACCCGAUGCUGCCGCCGAAGAUAUUAUCGACUGGGACGAUGAAGCGCCUGCCACCGAAGCACCCUUGAAAGAGAGUACACAAGCCUCGACAGAAGCUGGUGCUGCUACUAUUGCUGCCGGUGGCCAGGGACAAGUGCCCAACCCCGUGGCAGUCCCCAACCAGACACUCGGAGAAGAUCCCGCAACUGCAACUGAUCUCCACGUUGAAGGUGUACCUGAGGAACAGCCUGCGGCGGAAGAGAAGCCCGCAGUCGACUACAGUAUUGGACUUCAGCCGACAGAGAUGGAGGAAGAAUUGAGGAAACGUAAAGCCCGCGCGGAGAAGUUUGGCAUCGUUGCCGAAACCGGCUCGGAGGAGACAGAGGCAGAGAAGAUUCUUGACCGAGCAAAGCGAUUCGGAACGGGGGCAUCGAAUGAUCUAGGCGUGGGUAUCAGCCGUUUGGAUCAGGCUCUUCCUAAUGAGCGAGAACGGAAGCGGAUUCGAACAAACGAUCGAGGUGGACAGGGAGGCAAGCGACACAGCCAUGGCAUGCGCAAUGGUGGACGUAACCGUCCCCAGAAUAACAAUCGCAAAGGCACCAACCCAACUGGUCGAAGCAACGCUCCUAAGCCCGUGUUUAGCGACAAGGAUAGAGCUGCGGCGGAGGCUAGAAAGAACCGGUUUGCUACGGCUGCGUAA